GCGGAGGUUCCCGUCGCUUCGGGAGCGUGGGAUGGUGCAGGGCGGGCCGCGCGGGCCUGCGGGCGUGAGAGGUUGAGGCCCGCGAUGGGGGAGGCGGCCGUGGCCGCGGAGCCUUGCCCGCUGCGCGAGGACAGCUUCACGCGCUUCUCGUCGCAGAGCAACGUGUACGGGCUGGCGGGCGGCGCGGGCGCGGGCGGGCGCGGGGAGCUGCUGGCGGCCACCCUUAAAGGCAAGGUGCUGGGCUUCCGCUACCAAGACCUCCGACAGAAAAUCCGGCCGGUGGCCAAGGAGCUGCAGUUCAAUUACAUACCCGUGGAUGCCGAGAUUGUCUCCAUCGACACUUUCAACAAGUCGCCCCCAAAGCGGGGCCUGGUUGUGGGGAUCACGUUCAUCAAGGAUUCAGGCGACAAAGGCAGCCCGUUCCUUAACAUCUACUGCGACUAUGAGCCUGGCUCCGAGUACAACCUGGACUCCAUUGCCCAGAGCUGCUUGAACCUGGAACUCCGGUUCACUCCUUUCCAGCUGUGCCACGCCGAGGUGCAGGUCGGGGAUCAGCUGGAGACCGUGUUCCUCCUGAGCGGGAACGACCCGGCCAUCCAUCUCUACAAGGAGAACGAGGGGCUGCAUCAGUUCGAGGAACAGCCCGUGGAAAACCUCUUCCCAGAGCUCACCAGCCUGACCAGCAGUGUCCUCUGGCUGGACGUCCGCAACCUCCCGGGCACCUCCCGGCGACUGACGGCCCUCGGCUGUCAGAGCGGCUACGUGCGCGUGGCCCACGUGGACCAGCGGAGUCGAGAGGUUUUGCAGACGUGGACAGUCUUGCAGGACGGCCCUAUCUCCCGCGUGAUCGUCUUCAGCCUCUCGGCCCCCGAGGAGACCACGUCCGGGCUGCGGCGGGAGGACUACAGCCUGCUCGUGGCCAGCAUGCUGGAGCCGGCAGUGGUGUAUCGGGACCUGCUGAGCCGGGGGCUGGAGGACCAGCUCCUCCUGCCCGGCAGUGACCAGUUUGACAGCGUCCUCUGCAGCCUGGUCACCGACGUCGAUUUGGACGGGCAGCCGGAAGUCCUGGUGGCCACCUACGGGCAGGAGCUGCUCUGUUACAAGUACUGCGGCCCCGAGGCCAGGCUCCCCGAGGCGGGGCUCCCCGAGGCCGGGCUCCCCGAGGCGGGGCUCCCCGAGGCCGGGCUCCCCGAGGCUGGGCGCGGAUUCCGCCUGCUGUGGCAGCGGAGCUUCCCCAGCCCGCUGCUGGCCAUGGCCCACGUGGACCUGACGGGGGACGGGCUGCGGGAGCUCGCCGUGGUCUCCCUGAAGGGCGUGCACAUCCUGCAGCACAGUCUGAUCCAGGCCUCGGAGCUGGUCCUGGAGCGGCUGCGACACCGAGUGGCGCAGAGGAGACAGCAGACGCAAAUGCCAGGAGACAGGGCGGGCCCGGGGCCUGCUGGGACGUCCGCCUCCUGAGCACCCACCCCCUGCCCACCAUUGGGGCGCUCACCUCCAGCCCUUCCCGGGGGGACGAGUCCUGAAGGAGGCAGGCCUGGCCAGCCCCGCCACCCCCCCCCCCACGCUGGGACUGUGGGCUGCUGCCCUUCGACCUCACCCAGUGCACCCUCUGUGCCUCAGUGUUCCCACUGAAAAGGGGGUGACCUCACCCCCCCUUCCGCUCCAGUCGCAGCCACCGAUUGUAUUUCUGUCCCGAGGAGCUGAACUCCCCGCCGUCUUCAUUCUUUUGUUCAGCGAUCGAGUCCUCGGAGCCUGGCGCAGGUGCCGGGCUGGACUCGCCCAGAGGAACGGAGGGAGGGGGCACGGGACAGGACCCAGGGACCGGCCAGAGCAGGACGGAGAAGAGACCGCAGUGUGGGCCUCAGAGGGGGGAGAGGAGGGUGGGCCCUCGCAGGAAGGCUGAGGUUAAACCGCUGUGGAAAAGGCCAGACUGCAGGGCAGCAGUUCCAGCCGGUGUGCCUCGGACGGUUAAAGCAUCGGUACCUGACCAUUUAGUCAGGGGCACGGGCCUCGCCCGUCUAGGUUGUCAA